GGUUUGUCAUGUUGUCAUGCUUUAUUCUCACUAAAACCUCGUCCAUGGCUUUCUCUUUCGUCUCUUUUUCUUUUGUUCAUCCUCAACUCCAGAAUAUUGUCUCUAAAUUCACUCUCUUUGACACCAUCUUGUUCUAUGGUAUACAUUUGGUGGACAAGCUAGGAUUAUGGCCGAGGCUACCAGUAAUAGUGGGAGUAAUAUAUUUGGGUAUUAGAAGGCAUCUACAUCAACGCUACAAUCUUUUACAUGUUGGAGGAGUGGAUGGUCACAAAUAUGACAUCCAACAAUUUUCUUAUCGAACGGCCGACGGCAAAUUUAAUCACCCCUCCCAUCACACCAUUGGCAGCCAAGGAACUUUUUUUGGUCGCAACAUGCCUCCUUCAACUUCCCCUUACUGGUUGUUAGAUCCUCACCCAACAGUGGUGGCAAACAAGCUUUUAACAAGGAAGAAGUUUAUAGACAAUGGGAAGCAAUUCAACAUGAUAGCCUGCUCAUGGAUCCAAUUCAUGGUUCAUGACUGGAUUGACCAUAUGGAGGAUACGCAACAGGUCGAAAUUAGAGCACCGGAUGACCAGUGUCCAUUAAAAUCCUUCAAAUUUUAUAAGACAAAGAAAGUUGGAACAGAUGGACCACAUGUCAACACUGGAUGUCUGAAUACAAGAACUCCGUGGUGGGACGGGAGUGUAGUAUAUGGGAACAAUGAAGAUGGAAUGAGAAGAGUGAGGACAUUUAAAGAUGGGAAGUUAAAGAUUGGAAAAGAUGGGCUUCUUCAACAUAAUCACAAAGGCAUUCCUAUUUCUGGAGAUGUCAGGAAUUGCUGGGCGGGGUUUUCCCUUUUACAAGCCUUAUUUGUCAAAGAGCACAAUGCUGUAUGUGACAUGCUUCAGGAACAUUAUCAAGAAUUUGACGACGAAAAGCUGUAUCGCCACGCGAGAUUGGUGACUUCUGCUGUGAUAGCCAAAAUUCAUACCAUUGAUUGGACUGUAGAGCUCCUAAAAACGAAUACUCUGCUUGCAGGAAUGAGGAUCAACUGGUAUGGAUUUCUUGGGAAGAAAGUAAAGGAUUUGUUUGGGCACUUUUGUGGACCUACGUUCAGUGGACUCGUGGGUCUUAGAAAGCCGAGAGAUCACGGAGUGCCUUAUUCAUUGACGGAAGAGUUUACGAGCGUCUACAGAAUGCAUUCUCUUUUACCUGAUAAACUCAUCCUGAAAGACCUCCAAACCCAAGUCCCACAGGAGGUGGCUAUGGAGGAAAUGGCUGGAAAAGAAGGGGAGAAAAGAUUGUCCGAAAUCGGAUUUGAGCAAAUGUUAGUAUCGAUGGGACAUCAAGCAUGUGGAGCUAUCGCCUUAUGGAACUACCCUUCUUGGAUGAGAAACCUCGUUCCUCAUGACAUCGAUGGAGAAGACAGACCGGAUCCUGUCGAUAUGGCUGCCUUGGAAAUCUACAGAGACCGGGAGAGAGGAGUGGGUCGGUACAACGAAUUCCGAAGGAACUUGCUCAUGAUUCCUAUCACCAAAUGGGAAGAUUUAACAGAUGACCAACAAGCCAUAGAAGCUCUUCGUCAAGUAUAUGGAAAUGAUGUCGAAAAGCUGGAUUUGCUGAUUGGUCUCCAUGCAGAAAAGAAAAUCAAAGGCUUUGCCAUCAGUGAGACCGCUUUCUUUAUAUUUCUACUCAUUGCAUCCAGGAGACUCGAGGCUGACCGUUUCUUCACCACCAAUUUCAACUCCCAAACGUACACAGACAAGGGGCUACAAUGGGUUAACGACACAGAGAGCUUCAAAGAUGUGAUGGACCGCCAUUUUCCCGGCAUGGCCCAGAAAUGGAUGAGAUGUUCAAGUGCGUUCGCUGUUUGGGAUUCAGAUCCAGAUCCCAAAAACUAUAUUCCUUUAUACCUUAGACCUGCUUAAUCUAAAUCAUUUAUAUCACAGCCGUUUUGCAGUUGUUAGCUCAGAUGUUUGAGUUAUGCUAAAUGAAAUUUGAAGACUACUAUAUAUACGGAUGUAUCCAAGUAUCUCGAAUAACGCAAAAACCAUCAACUUUUGAAUUUUUUUCAA